AUGAGAACAUAUUAUGUUAUACUACUGUUUUUCCAACUCUGGACUGCGAAUGCCGAGUUAAUCAGUCUGCUCACCGGAACUGCCGUCGCACUUUCAGCCGGUGCUUUCUGGGGGUUCAGAGACAGGUUAAGAUGUCAUUUGUACGAGUGUUGUCACGAACCAGAUGUCGGUUUUAAUCAUCACAACAUCGCAAAUAUGCUUUUUGGACAGCAUUUGGUUAAAGAUGUCGUUGUCAAUGCUAUCAAAGCUCACUGGCACAACGAGAAUCCCAAAAAGCCGCUCGUUCUAUCUUUCCAUGGUUACACAGGAUCUGGAAAAAAUUAUGUUGCAGAAAUUAUUGCGAACAAUACAUUCAAGCAGGGCCUGCGAAGCAACUUCAUUCAGCACAUUGUUGCAACCAACGAUUUUCCUGAUAAAAAUAAAAUCGAAGAAUACAAAACAGAAUUGAGAAAUCGAAUUUUGACUACUGCCCAAAAGUGUCACCGGUCAAUUUUCAUUUUCGAUGAGACCGACAAACUGCCUGAGCAAUUACUCGGAGCAAUCAAACCGUUUCUCGACUAUUACUCAAAAAUAUCUGGAGUGGAUUUUCGAAGGAGCAUUUUUAUCCUACUCAGCAACAAAGGAGGAGGAAAAAUUGCAGAAAUCACAUUGAAGCAAUAUGAAAAUGGGUAUCCAAGAGAACAGCUUCGACUGGAAUCAUUCGAACGGGAUCUAAUGAAUUUUUCGUUCAACGAGAAAGGUGGAUUGCAAAUGAGUGAGCUAAUUUCAAAUCAUCUCAUUGAUCACUUCAUUCCGUUUCUACCUUUACAACGAGAACAUGUCAAGAGUUGUGUCGGUGCAUAUCUCCGGAAACGGGGACGCGCAGAUCUCGUAUCUAAUGUGGAAUUUGUCGAAAAAGUGCUCAAUUCUCUUCAAUAUUUCCCGGAAUCAUCGAAAGCGUUCUCAUCCUCCGGAUGUAAACGAGUGGAUGCCAAAACAGAUCUCGAAUUGGCCAAAAUCCGACCGUUAAUUCAUUCUUCUCAGUUUGAUGACGAACUUUAA